UCGCGCGAGGAUUAUCGAUUCGCGAGACAACACCCACUAGCGUGGUGGGGCGCCUUGUUUACACCCACCCUCCGGACCUCAUCUUCCGUCCUGCUAAGGGACCAGGGUUUCCACCCAGAGGUGCAAGAUGAGCUCUGGGUGUGGGGAAGCGGCGGAGGGAGAGCAGCCCGCCCGCCGCCCCAGCGAGCAGGUCAAGUUCGGCCGGGACCUCUUCAGCCUACAGCUGGAGGUGACGGAGAAACUAAUGGAGGCAGAGGAGAAGAAACUGAAGGUCCUAAAGUUAGAGAUAGAGGCUGGUCGGCAUGGCGACUCAGCUGCCACCUCCAGCAAGGCCAAACAACUGCAGGCCCAGGAAGAGAAUUACAUGCGUAUCAAGAUGCAGUAUGAGAGACUGUAUCAGGAGAUGAAGGACAUUGCAGUGGCUGGCCUCAUUCAGAAGAGACCCAAAAUGAAGGCCUCUCGCAGCCUGCCGGCCAUCGGCCUCGGGGCCAAGCACACGCCCAGACCAAGACCGUCGCUCUUCGGGCAUUUCGUCCCCCCUCCUGAAACAAGAUCACCUGACUCCACUCCACAGACCUCCACUUCUCUUCUCCUUUCACCUCCUCCUCCCUCCUCCUCCUCCUCAGUGGAUCCUAACUCAGAGGAGGUUGUGUACAAGGACGGAGUGGUAGUAGCUGGCUCCCUCGAUGGACUCAUCUCUCUACUAUUACCCUCUCAGACACACCAGAUUGAGCAGUCAUAUGUGUUUGCAUUUGUUCUGUGUUCACGGCUCUUCAUCCAGCCUCAUCAGCUGCUGGGGAGAGUGACAAAGAUCUUCAGUUCACUCCAGAAACAGCAACCUUCUUCCUCAACAGACUCCGGACCAGCCAACAAGAUAGUCGAACUCCUCAGCGAGUGGGCGGAGAUGUUUCCGUACGACUUCAGAGACGAGAGGAUGAUGAGGUCACUGAAAGAUGUCACCCAACACUGUGCCUCCCUCUCACCUGAGCUGAGGAGACUGGUCGGCCAGCUGCAAGCGGCCCUCGUAAAGAAGCUCUCGGUCCUCGACAAAUAUGAGCACAUCCUGGCCCAGGUGAACGCCGUUUCCAUGGAGAGAUUAAUCAACCCUAAGACACAGGUAAACAUUCUGUCAGUAUGUGACUCGCCUCAGGAAUUGGCCCAGCAGCUGACUCAUAUUGAACUGGAGCGACUGAACAACAUAGGACCAGAAGAGUUCAUCCAGACCUUUGUCAGAUGUCCAGAGGAGACUGAGCCUCUCUAUCGGGACAUGAAGAAAACAUCAAACAUCGAGGCAUAUGUCGAGUGGUUCAACCGACUCAGCUACCUGGUUGCCACGGAGAUCUGUGUAUCGGACAAGAAACGGAACAGAGCAAAACUGCUUGAAUUCUUCCUGGACACGGCCGCAGAGUGUCGCAAACUCAACAACUUUAACUCCUUCAUGGCCAUUAGUGCUGGCUUGUUCAUGAGCCCAGUUACCCGACUGAAGAGAACGAGAUCAAAAGUCAGUUCUUCAAAACUUCAUACAAUUGAGGCGUUUGUCGAUCCAUUCAGCAACUUUUCCACCUAUCGCCACGCUCUGGUGUCGGCCUUUGCACAGGCCAGCAAGAGCAGAGAGAAAAUGUGUGUGGUUCCCUUCUUCUCCCUCCUCGUCAAAGACCUCUAUUUUCUCAACGAGGGGAUGAGCAACAGACUGCCCAGUGGGCACAUCAGGUUUGAGAAGUGCAUGGCUCUGGCUAGACUGGUGUCACAGAUACUGGCCUACAAGGAGACAGUGCUUCCGUUCUCGAGAGUGAGAGGUGUUCUCAACUACCUCAUGACCAUCCCCAUCCAUACUGAUGAUGAGCUGCAGUUGGCGUCCUUUGAAAUCGAGCCUCCAGAGAAUGCCGGGGAGAAGAAACGAUUUCAGGAACUGAGAAUGUUGCUGGGGUCAUUUGGGCAGCGAAUAGGUCGCAGCAGUUCCGUCUACUCCCCAACCUUCCCUCCAGGGUCCCUCCCAUUCUCUCCAAUACAGGAAGAAACAUAGCAACACACACACCAUUACCUCACCACUAUUGCCCUCCGACAUACCACCAUUUAGCCACACCCACCUGCCAUGCCCACCCUGAACACAGCACUCAUAACCAAAUCGUUUGUUCAUCAUUAACUCCACAUGUCCAGACUGGACUUUUUAAUUACAUAUUAUUUAUUCCUCCCUUUUGCAUCAUAUUACACUAUUAAAUACUUUUCUGACGCAAUAUCCCUCCCUUUUGCAUUAUAUCGUCAUAACGGAUUGUUUGUAAAUUUCCUUUUCGUUUCACACUUUAUGAUUUUGUUUUUAUACCGGUAAACAGCAAGUGAUGAAGUACAAAAUUGAAACUGAUUGAAAAUAUUGUUUGCGAUUCAGAAACGAAAACCGAAUGCAUUGUGUUGUCAAAGAGACUGUGAUUAUGAUUACGAGGUAAUGAUGACAUCAUUGAUAUUCACGAGUCAUUUUCAGUAGAGGAGGGACAGUGUCAGCAAAUUCCUCGGAACAAGAGAGUUUCGGGAACUUGUAGGUAAGGAGAGAGGGGUGUGGUGGAGGUGUGGUCGCCGUGGGAACCAGCUGAUGUAGGAGGAGCCAUAGGAGGUCGGGGUCAGAGUUCACGAGAGCGGUCAGACUGGACUGACAGGUAUUGACGAGUCUCUGUGGCUGGUGGCGACUGAGGUAAGGUAGACAGGCUGCUGCCAGUGUCUCCAGGUCACUGGAGCUGACCUGUGUUUGACAGAGAGGACAGCCACAGUGUCCAACAUCUUCAUCUGCAGUUUGCAGGCCACGGAGUACUGGUACACAGCCGCAGACCCUCGGCUCCCCUCCGCCAGUCUCGUCAGAGAUUGUGCAAUCACUGGCCACACCCCCUUCACCACCCUCCUCCGUAUAAAGUCUCCACACACCUCACACAAGUCCCACAGUAGCUCGAGAGCUUUUAGAGCCACCAGGUGGGCGGGGUCACUCAGCCUUAGCAACAGGGAAGGCCACACCUUGUGGACAAGGGGAAGGAGGGCGCGGUGGGUGUGGCUGAGACAGUGGAGACAGUGGUGGAGACAGUCCAGGACAGUGAGAGGGAGAGAAGGGGAGGAGGAGGGGGAGGAGG